CUACCCUCACUUGCCUACAACAACGUGCCACCCUCCUGUGUGACCUCUGACCUUCUCACACCAACACAACCCACACGUACAUCUGCAACUAACCUUGCUCUUUCAACUGCAAACUCCUCAUUCCAGUCUCGAUUUUGUUUGCCAUGCUGCCUCUGAUCGUGCAUGUCUGAUUGAACUUGUCUUAGUUGCAUACAUGCACAGGUUGAGGAACGUGUUGCUGCGCAAGUGCAAGAGCCUGUCGCGGACAGGGAGCAGCAGGUCGUCCAGCUCCUACAGCAACCUCCGCUCCAUGUCCGCCAGGGACAUCGCCGGCGACGAGGCGGCGGUGUCCGCCGCUGCCGGCGAGGGCGCAGCGGUGGUGUUCGUGGGAAGCUCGCGGCGGCGGUACGUGAUCAGCGCCAAGCACCUCAACCACCCUCUGAUCACCGCGCUCAUCGACACCACCACCGGAGAUGGCGGUGGCGAUGGGAUUGCAAGCAAGGCGCCGGAGGUCGCAGUGAAGUGUGAGGUGGUGCUGUUCGACCACCUACUGUGGAUGCUCGACAACGCCGCGGACCUCCGCGACGACGACGGCGGCGACGUCGCGAGGGAGCUGGCCCAGCUCUACGCUACGUGCUAACUAGUUGUGUCACCGAUGGUCAAAUGAUACCAUCACGACAUUACUGCAUGCAUGCCUGUGUAUCGUUUCUGAAUUUGAUUGAUUCUUUUGUGCGUUCUUGCGCGAGAUCUAAGAUUUUCGGGCGCGAAGGGGAACAUGUGUGCGUGUAUGUGUAUAGGUACACGUAUUGCUUCGUACAGAACUACAGAUGGGAUUAUUGGUAGAGUUGCUUGAUCGCUAAAAAGGAUUGAGUCUUCUCUAAUCAUGCCUGUGUUUG